UUUUCCACCACGGGCGCCGGGUCUCGGCCAGCACGAUCGGCACCGCCUCCUGUUGCCCUCGCCCGAUUCUCGGCUCUUCUCCCUGUCUCCUGCUCUACGAUGCUUUCGUGUGGGCAGCUCGCCGGCCGGCGACCGGCUGCGCCGCUCCUUCGGACGUUCUUCUCGGCGUCACAGCCUGCGACCAUGGCCGCGGUUCGUGCCGCCAAUGUGCCCGUCGCCCGUGAGCCCGGCCCUGGGCCGCUGCCGGCCCCCCGAUCGGUGGAGGAGCUCCGCCAGGCAUUCACCGGGUUCUUCUCGCGGCAUGCGAGCUUCCCGCACCAGGCGCUGGACAGCGCGCCGCUCGCGGCCCCGGGGAUCGCCGGCGACGAUAGCCUCCUCUUCACGGCGGCCGGGAUGGCCCCGCUGAAGGACUACUUCCUCGGCUCCAAGAGCCCUCCUUGGCCCUAUGCCACCAGUAUUCAGCGCUGUCUGCGGGCGGGCGGUAAGAACAGCGACCUCGACAAUGUGGGCCACACGCCGCGGCACCACACCUUCUUCGAGAUGCUGGGGAACUUCUCCUUCGGCCGGUUUGCCGGAGCCAGCCCCGGGGCCUGGCCCCAUGGGCCGUACUUCAAGCGCGAGGCCUGCCAGCUGGCCUGGACCUUCCUCACGGAGGAGGUCGGUCUCCCGGCCGAUCGCUUGAUGGUGACGGUCCUCCAUGGCGACGAGGACACCCGCGCCGUGUGGCGCGAUGUGAUCGGCGUGCCGGAUGACCGGAUCCGCUUCCGCGAUCGCGACGACAACUUCUGGUCCACCGGUGUGUCGGGCGGCCCGUGCGGCCCCUGCACGGAGAUCCACUGGGACCUGGCCGAGAUGACCCCCCAGCACCUCCUGGCCUCGGAGGGCGAGGACGCGCGGUGGCUGGAAAUUUGGAACCUGGUAUUCAUGCAGUAUGUCCUCGGGCCUGAGCCAGCUGGCCGGGGGCCGGUUCGCCCGGGGGAGUUUGCCCCGUUGGCUGCCCCGUGCGUCGACACUGGCAUGGGGCUCGAGCGCCUGGCGAGUGUGGUUCAGGGCGUCGCCAGCAACUUUGACACCGACGAACUCCGUGCCAUCUGCCUGGCCACGGCGGACCUUGUCCGGGGCGACGGGCUCGCCGGUUCCUCGACCUCGAGCGAUGACCUGGCCGCCAGCCCCCUGGUUCGAGUGAUUGCCGACCACAGCCGCGCCCUGCUGCAACUGCUGUCGGAGAGCAUCCUCCCCUCGAACAUCGGCCGUGGGUACAUUACCCGUCGGAUUGCCCGGCGUGCGGUGCUGGCCGGGCGCCAGCUGGGCCUGCAGCGGCCAUUCCUGGCGGAGCUCCUGCCUGUGGUGGCACGCAGCUCGGCCGCCGCGGACCGGGCCCGCCUGGCAGCCGCGCUGCCGGCCGCCUCGGCCAUCAUCACCAUGGAGGAGCGUGCCUUUGCGGAGGUUCUCGACCGGGCGGUGCGCACGCUGGAUGCCCACCUCCGCCAGCCGGGCUUCACAGGCACCCUCGGGGCCGAGGCCAUCUUCCGCCUGUACGACACGCAUGGCCUGCCGAUCGACACGACGGCCGACCUCUGCCGGGAGCGGGGCAUCCCGGCCGACCUGGAUGGCGCACAGGCCCUGUUGGCCGAGUCGCGGCUGGCCAAUCGGCAGCUGCACCUGGCUGCCGAUGCGGCCGGUGGUGUUGACAGCGCCGUUGCGACGGCCGCCGGUGCCGGCCCCGGCUCCGGGCUUCCUCGCCUGGGCUCUGUACUCAAGGGAUGGGCAGCCAGCCGGGCCGUUUCCACCUUUGUCGGGGACACGCCCAUGCUAAAGGGACCGGUGGCUACCACGGUGGUGGCCGCCGGUGUCGCGGCCCUGGACUCCUUGGAUGACGCGGUGGCCGGCCUGCGGGAGGAAGUGUCCCAGCGCCUGCGGGCUCUCGGGCAUCCGGAGGCCAACUCGGUCAUCGUCUUGGCCCUGGACAAGUGUCCCUUCUACGCCCGCGGUGGUGGCCAAGUGGGUGAUAUUGGCACCAUUUGCCUGGCCGAGCGCCCCGAGCCGCUGCCAGUGCUGGACUGCCUGCCCGCCGGCGAGCACCUGUCCUUCCUGCUGGUUGCCCACCCGGCCGACCUGACCGACGCGCACAUUGCCUCGCUGACCGGCGAGGCCGUCCUGGCCGAGGUGGACAUGAAUGCCCGCCGGGCCACCGCCGCCAAUCACACCGCUACGCAUGUGCUGAAUGCCGCCCUCCGGCAUGUGCUCGGCCCCCAUGUCUCCCAGGCCGCUUCCCGCGUUGAGCCCGACCGCUUGCGCUUCGACUUCACCCAUCUCGAUCGCAUGACCGAUGCCCAGCUCCUGGAAGUGGAGGCUUUCUGCCAGUCGGUGGCCGAUGCCCAGCUGCCCGUCUCUCUGGCCACAAUGAACCAGGACGAGGCUCUCGCGUCCGGAGCCAUCGGUCUUUUCACCGACAAGUAUGCCCAGACGGUUCGAGUGGUUUCGGUGGGCGAUGUGUCGACGGAACUCUGCGGCGGAACGCAUGCCGCUCACACGGGUGACCUGUCGCCUUUCAUUCUCCUCGGCGGCGAUGUGUCCACCGCACGGGGCAUCCGUCGGCUGGAGGCCUGUGCCGGCCCCUCGGCCAUUCGACAGCUGAUGGCCAUGCGCCGCGACCAGCAGGCCCUGCUCCGGCGUCUUGACGCCCCGGGGACCGGUGAGGCCCUGGACAAGAUCGACCGCCUGGAAGCCUCGGCCACCGACCACCGGGCCGGUCUCCGGCGCCUGCGUCGCCAAGUUGAGGGGCUCCUGCCGCAGUUGGAGGUGUCCACCCGGGUGGAGGUCCCGACGACGGCCGACGGCCAGACGGGUGCCCCCAUUCGCCUGCAUUUGAUUCGGUUGCCGGAGGACCUGGCCGAUGAGGCGGCCACUCGCGGGCGCAUCCUGGCCGCCGGCGCCGACCUGGCCGGAGACAUGGAUGUCGAUGUGGUGGCCGUCCUCGGCGCUGGGGGCCUGCAUGUGGUGGUCCUUCGGCCGACCGACCGGCCGGACUUGAAUGCCGGGGCUUUGGUUCGGGCCUGGGCCGGUAAGGUGGGCGGCCGCGGGGGCGGCCGUGCGGCCCAGGCCCAGGCCCAGCUCCCGGCCGGCCUGACUGCCGACCUGGCGGCCAGCCGCAUCUUCGGCCUCUGACAGCCCCGGCAUGUGCCGGCUGGCCUUGCCGCGGAUGCGCGCUUCGGCCUCCCCACCGCUCGCUCGUCUUGCCAUUUACCUCCCUUUCCCCCUCCCUGCAUAGACAUAGACCGCUUGUUUGUUUGUUUGUUUUUUUUUCUCU